UUAUGAAAUUAGGGCAAACUUGAAAUGAAAAUGGAUGGUAAAAUGAGUAAAAAAGCUAGAAAUGAUGACAAGAUUGGAGGUGUAGACAGGAUCAGCAGUUUGCCGGAUCAACUACUUCAUCACGUCCUCUCCUUUUCGGAUGCGCGAUUGGCGGUUCAAACCAGCGUUCUCUCGAAACGAUGGAAGCUUAUUUGGACUACUCUCCCUGUUCUCAAUUUCACUUGGUCUAGUAAAAACACUGACUUUACUUUUAGUUCUGGUAUUAAGUUCAUUGACAAUAUCUUCUCUCGUCGAAACAAUACUUCUGAUGUAUUGAAACUCAAUCUUUUUUUCUUUUAUGAAUCCCCGCAAUAUAGGACUCCUUUGGUUGACAAGUGUACUAAUUAUGCAAUUUCACAUAAUGCUCGUGAAGUAAAUGUAGAUGUCCUUGGGGCUGAUUAUACUGUGACUAUGAAAUUAAUAGGACUGCAUGCCAUCGUAUUGAAUUUGAAGCUACCCUUUGAUCUGUACCUGAAAGAAUUAGAUUCUUGUUGGCCUUUACCCGCUUUAACAACUCUAUGCUUGGUACGCCCUGAUUAUUUGAAACCCUACAAGUUACCUGCAUUAUAUUUGUUUGACUUGUUUGCUUUGCGGACUCUGUUACUUGAUGGUUUCGAGUUACCAAGUUCUGUUAGCUUGCCUGCUUUGCGAACUCUCAUACUGCAUAUUGUCGAAUUCCCUGAAAAUAUGAGUGACUUCUGCCGGAUCUUCCGGGCGCUUGGAAACCUUCGGAACCUCACAUUAUUUUUCUGGACAACCUUAAGGUGUGAUUGUGUUAUAGAUUGUCCCCAGUUGGUCAAUUUGGAAAUCAAUUACUGCACUAGCAAAUCAGGAAAGAGUAUAGUGUCUAGUAAUUCUGGUAAAAUACUGGUUUUGGCUCCGAAAAUCCUCAAUUUCAGUUCUGUUGGCAUCUUCCCAAUCAAAUUUGGAGCUUUUGACUUGGAGAAUGUGAAUAUACAAUUACGGGAUAGUGCUGUAAUCAAGACUGUUGCACCAUCUAAGACGAAGAAAAUUUUUCAUAAGCAGGUUACUCAUAUGUUAGUGGGACUGUCCCGCACAAAAAUUCUUGCACUGGACUCGAACACCAUUGAGGCACUCUCUGCUCUUUCGGACUUUCUUGUUCAAACUUCCUCUCCUUUUUUUAUGUUAGAGCAUGUGAAGGUACCGCAUGGAUAUGAGGAAUCAAGUAUGUCCACAUACCUCAAAUGGUUCCUACUUGGUUGUUGUCCAAAAGCCACUAUCAUCACUAUAUUGCCUCAGAAAAUCGAGAUCAUAGAGCCAGCAUCUUUGGCAGCUCAGAAUGUGCUACCACAAGGCCCCUUGACAGAUCCAACAAAGGUACUGGUUGGCUCUAAAAAGUUGCAUACAAAAAUAAAUGAUGACAGGGCGACACAGUUUGAUGUUACAGUGGAAGGGUUGGGCAAUGACGGGGUGAGCUCUUCUAGAAGGGAUAGUGAUUUUGGGUUAUGGCAGGGCCAUGAAGUGAAGUCCGAGUUUGCACGUCUACUCCAUAACAUUAUGAAUAACUACCCUGAAACCUUUGAGCACUUUACCACCUCAGACAAGAAGUUAUCAACUAUGAAGCUGAAUAUGUUAUGCACCUCAGUGAAUGUGUUUACCAAAAUCUCUAUGACUCAGGUUGAUACUGAGAUGAUUGCCGAGUACAGGGAUGUAUUUGCUGGCUUGCAGAAAUUCGGGUUCAACGUAAGUUGGCUUGUGAGCCGUCUAAACUAUAUUGAAAAGCUCCGGAAUUCACAACCUCUUUCUGAGCUUCAUGUGAUUGACUGCAAUAUCAAUAGUGCCAAAAGUAAGUUACAAGAUCUUGAGACUCUUCGUAAGAAGAAGAUGGAAGAGAUUCAGAAAGCUUUUGGAAGUAUGGGAACAAACCUUGCUGUUGGCUGCAUUGGGAAUGAUCUCCUCCGUGCUCCUGAAUUUAAUGGAAAUUGAUGUGUGUUUGAAGGUUGGUUAAAUGUUGCACCGUCUGGUUGUCAAGUCUUUAGUUACUUCUUGACUUUAAACCGAACUGUUUUUGGUGUAUGGUUUUUGCUUAAUUGUCAUGGAAGUCUGUAUGGUGCUUGGUAUCUUGUACAACUCCAUCCCAAAAAGGGGUGCCUGCAUUUACUUUGCCAAAGUAAUGUGGUUUGGUGACAAGUUAUUGUUGAUUUUGUUAGACUAUGCAUUACUAGCAAUACUAAUUAUUGUUCCUUUUGUCAGAAUUAUACAUUAGUGUCGAUAGUU